ACACAUAUCAGACGCUGGAACAGGCUUGAAAAAUAUUGUUGUAUAUAUCUGCGUUAAACCGUAUUAUACAAAACAAUGUGGAGUAAUACUGGACUGUGGCACAGUGUCACAGCUGCGUAGCUGUGGGAGUUAUUGAAAAAGACAGGCUGUGAAAAAAUAUACAUUGCAUGUUUUUUUUUAGGUAUUCUCCUAAGGAGAACCCACAAAGAUACGUAAAAAUGCCUGGAAUGAUGGAUAAAGGGUCGGAGUAUCUAGGAAAGGGACGCUCAAACGGAACAAAAAACCCUUCAAAUGCAUCGAAUGGACAUUUUUCUGAUGAGAGUGGCAGUGACGACGAGCACGAUGUCGGAAUGCGUGUGGGGUCCGAUUAUCAAGCCAAUAUACCCGAAUUUGAUCAUGGUUCUACCAAAUACAGUGAUAAAGAUAGUGGGGGAAUGUUGGUGUGGUCUCCAUAUCACACCAUUGUCGACCCAAAAUUGGAUGAAUAUAUUGCCAUUGCAAAAGAGAAGCAUGGAUAUAAUGUUGAGCAGGCAUUGGGCAUGCUGUUCUGGCACAAGCACAACAUUGAAAAGUCCCUAGCAGACCUUCCCAACUUCACCCCCUUCCCCGACGAGUGGACCGUGGAGGAUAAGGUUCUGUUUGAACAAGCCUUCAGCUUCCAUGGAAAAAGCUUCCACAGGAUUCAACAAAUGUUACCAGACAAAUCCAUAUCCAGCCUUGUGAAGUAUUACUACUCCUGGAAGAAGACCCGGUCCAGAACCAGCCUGAUGGACCGCCAGGCCAGAAAGCUGGCAAACCGAAACGCCCAAGAUGAAAGUGAUGAAGAAAUGGAGGAGGCCAACCCCAUCGAAGCAAACGAUAGUGAUUAUGACCCCACCAAGGAGACGAAAAAAGAGAGCCACACGGAGCCCCAGCCCCUGAGCUCCUCCAAGAUUGGGCUCGGCCGACGGGAGCACCUGACGCUCAUGCACCGGCACCACUCGCAGCGUUCCAAGUGUCGGCCGCCCAAAGGCAUGUAUCUGACCCAGGAGGAUGUGGUGGCAGUGUCGUGCAGCUCCAGCGCUGCCAACACCGUCCUUCGGCAGCUGGACAUGGAGCUGGUGGGCCUCAAAAGACAGGUUCAAAAUGCAAAGCAACUGAACAGUGGUCUGAAACACAGGAUGGAAGCGGGCAUUGAUGACUUCAGGCUGCCGGAGUGCAGCCAAAAAGUUAAUGCUCGCUGGACAACAGAUGAACAGCUUCUGGCAGUUCAAGGUGUCCGGAAGUACGGGAAAGACUUCCAGGCCAUUGCCGAUGUUAUCGGUAAUAAGACGGUAGGGCAGGUAAAGAACUUCUUUGUGAACUACCGCCGCCGGUUUAACCUGGAGGAGGUGCUGCAGGAGUGGGAGGCGGAGCAGGGAACUGGCACCCCCAACGGUGACACUGCCACCUCUGGCGAGGAGGGGAAGAACAGCUCCAACACCCCUUCUGGGAAGAGUAUGGACGAAGAGGAGGAGGAGGGCCAGGUGACCCCCUCGUUAGGCCCUUCUCCCGCUGCCACUUCCUCUUCAACUUUCCAAACCCUGGUGACAUCGUCGGCAACUUCGCUCAACCAGCCGCCCCCGCUCCUACGGCCCUCUCUGCCAGCCACCCCGGCCCUCCACAGGCAGCCGCCCCCUCUCCAGCAGCAGGCCCGCUUCCUACAGCCCCGGCCGCGCUCAACCAGCCCCCCACUCAUCCGGCCAUCCAACCCCCCCCCGCGCCUCAAUCCCCGGCCGCUUGCCCCGACCUCAGCCCCCACCUCCACAGGGUGCCCAGGCUCCAGCCAGCCGCCCCCCACCCUGGUGGGCAUCCCAUCGGAGACGCCAUCCUCCUCGCUGCACUAAGUGUGUGCUGUGCAAUGGCGAAGGAAGACAACGGAGAAGUCGGUGGUCGCUUUUUUUUUUUUUUACUUGGUCGUUUGUUUC